ACCAAUGGCUGUGUGUGAGUCACGAGAGGCCUGGAGCUCCAGCAGAAGCCUUUAUUAUCCGCAGCCUCUGUGCUCUUGCUCCACUAUACAAUCGGCUGCUGGCUAUGGCCGGAUCCGCCAUCGUGGAGCGCAUCGGAUACAUCACCCGUGUCCAGAGCUUCAGCGCCUGUCACCGUCUGCAUAGCGUUCACCUCAGCGAUGAAGAAAAUCAAAAGGUCUACGGGAAAUGCAACAAUCCUAACGGCCAUGGACACAACUACAAAGUUGAGAUAACCGUGCGUGGAAAGAUUGAUAAUAUCACCGGAAUGGUAAUGAACCUGACAGACUUGAAGAGGUCUAUAGAGGAGGUUAUCAUGAAUCCACUGGAUCAUAAGAACCUAGAUAAGGACGUCCCAUACUUUGCCAGUGUUGCCAGCACCACUGAAAACCUGGCUGUUUACAUAUGGGACAACAUGGCCAAAGCCCUCGCACCAAACAAACUCUAUGAAAUAAAAAUUCAUGAGACUGAUAAGAACAUUGUUAUAUACAGAGGAGAGUAGUAAUCAUACCUACGUGCUGUUCAUAAACUGCAAACGUGGAAUGGCUUUGUGUCAUAAUCAUUUCCUGACAGGCACAGGUGUCUUCAGUCUGGUACUAUUUGCAGCUUGGUAUAGUUCUGUUGUUACUUUUAAACGAAUGAUAAUUUAAAGAGACCCGUAUUAAUCCUGUAAAAUACAUUUUUUAUCAGUGAUUGUUGACCUCUUUGAGUGUGACUCAGUGAAUCAGUAUGUAUUAAUACCGAAAAUACAUCAUCAAAUCAAACCUAUG